CGCCGGCAUACCCAACUAGCCAAUACGGUCUUGGUUGUUAGAAUAACAACUCCCACUAACGUGUUUUUUUAGUUAAAGAAAAAAAAAAAAAGAAAACAAAAAGAAAAAGAGAGCUAUCUUGUCCGUUGUUGAAGACUUUGAAUUUUGAUCUGAACAUACACUUUCACACUUUCAGUAGUAGUAAAGAGAAUAAAUAAAUUUCUGAUUUGUAUCCCUUUUCCAGGCCUCAAUAGCUUCAGAUCAUUAUUUUGGGUCAACCCCGGCCUUACCUGUUUCCCCUUUGAAUCAUAUACAUCAGUUGUCUUUGUUUCCAAUUUUCCUCUUUACUAGUAGACUUGAGAUCAAGUCUUGACCUGUGUGGCCUGAUGGAUCAUCGCGAGAAAGAAAGCGAUUUGAUGCAAUUUUUCACCUCUGUCUCGGAUUUCAUCUCUAAUCUUUUCCUUGGGAUGUUCUCUGUGGCAGGGGCCCUGUUGAUGUAUCAAGGGUACGUGAAUGGGAAAGUUAUGGAUUUCGUUUCUGGUUUGACGUGUUCCACCCUAGUGGCUGUAGUGUACAUAGCAAAAUAUGGCUGGAACCGGGGGCGUCGAAUUGGUAAGUUAUUGCUAACUACGAAAGAGAUUGGUAAGGGCGGUAAUGGAAGUGUGGUGUAUGAGGGCAUAUAUGGAUAUCGUCAAGUCGCUGUCAAGUGUGUGGACAAGGCUCAGAAUCCCAGUGCUCAUAGCGUAAUCAAGUAUCUCACCGCAGCAGAUACCCACCGAAAUAUUGUGCGAUUGGUUGGGGAUGAAGAAGAUGAAAAAUUCUUGUAUAUUUGUCUGGAGCGGUGUAUCUGCAACAUAAGUGACCUUGUUCGCAUGUUUUCAGGGUACAAUUUGGGUGUUCCAGAUAAAACAUACAACGCCCGUAUGGGUAAAGCCAAACAGUCCAUUCAGAACAAGAAUGGUAAUGAUGCUACUAAAUUAUGGAAGGAUAAUGGAGAUCCUUCUCCAACUUUAUUGGUUUUAAUGAAGGAAGUGGCUGCUGGACUUGUGCAUCUACAUCAAAAAACUUACAAAAAACAACGAAAAAUGGUUCAUGGAAACCUGAAGCCAGAGAACUUGUUGAUCAGCGACGAACUACCCUUAUGCGUAAAGCUUUCAGACAUCGGUACAAGCUGUUCAACCCGCGGAUGGCAACCUAAAGAAGUGCUUUGUGGCGGUGGAAGUCCGACACCGGCAUCUGAUUUAUUCAGUUUAGGCUGCGUGUACUAUUUCUGCAUCACUGCUGGUGAGCACCCUUUUGGAGAUGAUGAUAGCAAACGUUGCCAGAACAUUAAAAACGGCAACCCGCCUGAUCUGUCGUUCUUGGAUAAGCAACCUGAGGCUAAAGAACUCAUCUCCCGCCUACUGAGCCAUGAAUCCCAAGAUAGACCUACUGCACAAGAGGUUCUUCUUCAUCCACUGUUUUGGGGUGAGGCUACCCGAUUAUCAUUUCUUCAUGAAACAAGUAAGAAGCUAACCAGUAAAGGUCCCAACGAUCCGCUUGUAGUCGACAUAGACAAUACAUCAAGCCUAGUUCUCAGUAAGGAAUGGAUCAGAGAGUUGCAUCCUGUUCUUCGGAAUAAUAAGUAUUGGCGCACUGGGUACGAUUUCGAGCGUGUCAAAGACUUGGUGAGACUCAUACGCGACAAGUAUGAACAUUUUCCUGAGUAUCCUGAUGACAUCAAACACAUCUUGGGCGCAACCCCACAACCACAAGGAAGUCAAGGGGAAUUGGAAGCAAACCCGGAAGCGUAUUACCACUAUUUUGCUAGUCGGUUCCCAAAUCUCUUCAUUGAAGUUUACAAAGUGAUGAAGCGGCACUGUGAAAACGAGAUGACCUUUGCCACGUACUUCAAGAACGUAAAAUCUAACUAGUGAGCCGCCUCAUUACAAUUCAUGUUCACUAGUGGAUUGCGCCACUAUUAAUUUCUUGUUUGUUUGUUGGUUGUUUAUUUUCUGUAAAAGUAUCUUCUCAAUGUACCCCUCCCUUUUGUUUCAAAAACUAGUUCUGUUGUAUUAAGGUUAAUAACAGAGUGUUAGUAUAGUUAUUGAGCUUCCUCUCUCCAAAUGUAUAU